AUGAAUGUAGCCGGGAAGAUUGUUUUCCUCUGGGACGAUCCCGAUGGCGUUGCCGCAGCCAUUGCUGGUGCUCUAAACCCAAACCCUAAUUCCUCUCUUCGCAAACUAGAAGUACCGUUCGAGCUUCCGUUGGAUAAGUACGGUAUCGAAGGUGUCAGAGCUAGCGGGAAAAUCAUUCAUUUCGUCGAUGGAAAUGGAGUUUUUCAGGUGCCGGCAUGGCUUCUCCAAAGCCGUGAGGCUCCCACGAUAGUGUGUGCAAUGAAUGAACUACUGGACCAAAUUACAGGGGGAGUGUCGACGGCCUCUUCCAACGGUGGGGCAACUUUUCUAGUGGCGGCAUCCAAGUUAAAGUUUCAAAUCGAAUCUCUUGCAUCGAGUAACAAACAUUCUGGUCUUUAUCAUGUGCAAAUUGGUCCAAAAACAGGGGCUAGUGUUUUAUAUGCUGCUCGCAUACCCAGAAAGCCACCACCAUUACUGCAGAUCCAUUACGGACCUUUAUCAUGCUUUCUUCAACUGACUAAUGCUUUAGGGCUGCCUACCUCUGUUCUUAUUGGGCAAAGAAGUAUCGGCAUAUCCAGCAAAGCUCUAGAGGAAGAGCUUCAGGUACUCCAUGAAACUGGAGACGCUGUGGCAAGUUCUACAGUACAGGGCUGUGUUUCUCUGAGAAACGAAAUCAAAUGGAACACUUCAAAGACAUGGAAAGAAGAAGAGAAGCCUUGGCGAGCCCUUUAUGGAUAAUCCUCAGGUCAGAUCUUUUCAUGGAUAUUUGUCUCCUGUUGGUCGAUGAAACGCUCUCCAACCCGUUGAUGCUUCAUCGUCUCUUAUCCGAUGUAGCCAUUCGCUAGAACAGCCCUGUUAGCCCUUGUCAAGAUUCUUAUUCUCUGGCAGAAUCAAAAUCUAUCCAUGUCGCUGAGCCACUCUCCUUUAGGUUGCUGGGAAUUUGGGUUUGGUAGAGAAACUCACCACAGAACCAGAAAACAGAACCCUAAACCCUGAACCCGAAAUAGCCGUGUGAUUGUAGCUCACUAAUAGGAGUUUUUACGGCGGUAUCUACCUCAGUCUUCACAAGAACCACCAUGGUUUUGAGUACCCUUCAACCCCAUAUUCUUUCUGAUAUCACUCUCACGGGAAAAGGGAAUGAUGAGAGUUCAAGGACAUGAUGGGCCAUCUCAUGUGAUGAUCUGCUGUUGUCACAGCCAAUGAUAAAAAUUUACCAAUCAAAUCCACUAACGCUACUCUUUUAAAAUUGUUAAUAUUAUCUUAUGAAAUUAGAGCCUUUCAUUACCUCGA